GCAAAUCCUGCAAAAUGUUACUGGUGCUCAAAUACCUCGUAAAUUAAAAAGGGCAAGUAAACACCAGGCAGCCAGCAACCUGAAUUCGAAUAGCAUCGUCUCCAUAAAGUGCCUGGGAAAUGCCCACCUACACAUUUAUACAAUUAUGCUGAGGAUUCAACUAAGCCACAUUUCUAAGUAUUUUUACAGCACAGCAAUCCUGGAUAAACUGCCGAUUCUCACAUUGUAUACAAAGAAAGUAUGCCCAUUAUGUGAUGAUGCAAAGGAAAUUCUGAAGAAAUAUGACAGUAGGUUUAUAUUACAAGAAGUGGACAUAACUACUAAACAGAACAAAGACUGGUACAAACUCUAUCGUUAUGAUAUCCCAGUAUUUCACUUCAACGGAAAAUUCCUGAUGAAACACAGAGUGAAUGAACAGUUACUUGAUGAAAUGUUACAGACAUAUGAAAAUGCCAUGAAAGACCCUUAAGACUCUUACACACUGCAUAUGCUAUGUUCUUCAACAAAAAACUCAUAGAAUGAAUCCUAGAAUAAUCUAAUUGAUUUAAUGUAGAAUCUGAGACAAAGUGAUUGACGGCUCCCUCAAAGUUGCAUUUAUGCUUAUUCUGAUGUACUGAAUUGAAGAUUUCAUCAUUGGGAAUUUUUUUUUUUAAUUGUCAAUAAAAAACAUUCUAUCC